GUCACAAGCAGGGAGAGGCGGAGGAGGAAAAGGCAGAGAGAGAGAGCCCAGCCCUUGAAUACACGGCAACAACACGCCGUCAGAGAGAGGGAGAGACACACAAGAGAGACUGGCUGUUUUUUGGGGGGAGCAAAGGGAGCCUUCGACGCUGCGGAUAUGAACUGAAAAAGAAACACUGGAAGAGGCAGGGAUCGUGUUUCCUAUAUCCCGACAAUUUACUGUAAAGGUGGAAAACUAGCCCCCCCAAAAAAACCCUCCUCUCUCCCUAACAGGUCUUAUUCAGAUAGAGCUACACCCAAAGCCCCGACCGACCCCCUCCUGCUCCUGCUGCUCCACCCCUCCGCCGCUGCACCGCUCCGGCAACCGAGAUGCACACGGAGACCCGUAACAAGAAAGAGGAGGAGAAGGAGGAGGAGCCGGCGACCAGGCCUCGGCCGCCGCAGGGGGAGGAGGAGGAGGAAGCAGGCGAGGAGGAGCGAGACGAAGUGGCGACACAGUCUGUGAAGAAGAAGGAGGAAUUGGAGGAGGAGGAAGAGGAGAAGGAGUGCGAGACAGACAUGCCCUCUGUACAGAUCAAACCAGAGCCAGAGGAGAUGGAGUGCACGCAGGCAGAUGUUGGUGACGACUGCUCGCAACCAACAGACCUGAAGGUGAAGAUGGAGCCUCCGGUUUGCAAGACGGAGCCCUCUUCGCCCCAGCCGUGCCUCGCCGAGGACCAGACCGAACCGGUUGACCUGUCGCUCAACAAGCCCCGCUCCUCUUCGCUCCCCGCUUCUACGACAAGCACCACAGUCAACCCUGCACCCAGCAGUGCCAUGACCCAACCCAGCCUGUCGGCUACACCAGUCCCCUCUGCGGUACAAUCGAUAGGCUCCAUGGUCCUCUCUCCAGGCUCUAUCUUGGCCACUCAGGGCGCCGGGGGCCAGCAGAUUCUUCACGUCAUCCAUACAAUCCCCUCGGUCAGCAUGCCCAGCAAGGUGGGCCAGCUCCAGACCAUCCCUGUGGUGGUGCAGUCACUGCCUGUUGUCUACACCACCAUGCCUACUGAUGGCAUGGCCACGGCAGCCAUUACAGUGCCACUCAUAGGCAGUGAUGGGCGCUCAGAAGGAUCUGUUCGUAUUAAGCCAGGUUCAACGUCUCCGGUGGAGUAUCAGAGUGACAGCGAUGCAGAGAGCGGUACAGAGUCCGGAUCGGCCUCCCUCAGUGCCCAGAGCCUCGACGCCGGGUCGGUUAUGGACUUAGAGCCAGUCGAUCCAGAUUCGCCAGACAUCAAGAGGAGGCGGAUCCACAUGUGUGACUAUGAAGGCUGUAAAAAAGUUUACACCAAGAGUUCCCACCUCAAAGCCCACAGGAGGAUACACACAGGUGAGAAGCCCUACCAUUGUACCUGGGAGGGUUGCACCUGGCGCUUCGCCCGCUCCGACGAGCUGACUCGACACUUCCGCAAGCACACGGGGAUCAAACCUUUCCGCUGCACCGAGUGUGACCGCUCCUUCUCCCGGUCAGACCACCUCUCCCUGCACCGCCGCCGCCACGUCAUGAUGUGAACUCUGACCUCCUUCCUCCCCCGAACACCCACAACUCACCGAUC